UUUCUUGAAGGAAUCAUUGAAAGCUGCAUCUUCAGAGCAUUUUUUCUGCAUUAAAACUCGAUAAAACUUCAUCAGUGCAGAAGCAAGCAGCAGGGAUGGCUUUGGAACUUUAUCUGGACCUUUUUUCUCAGCCCUGUCGCUCUGUUUAUAUGUUUGCAAAGAAGAACAACAUUCCCUUUGAGUUCAAGAAGGUUUCUCUGAUGCAUGGAGAGCAUUUUGGGGAUCAGUUUGGAAAAAUCAACAUGAUCAGAAAAGUUCCAGCACUUCGUGAUGGAGACUUCUGUCUGGCUGAAAGCAUCCCCAUCAUGAUUUAUCUGGCUGAGAAGUUCCAGACUCCAGACUUCUGGUACCCCACCGAUAUCCACCACCGUGCUCGAAUCAAUGAGUACCUGUCCUGGCAGCACACCGCCAUCCGGAUGUAUGGAUCCAAGAUGUUCUGGCUCAGGCUCCUGAUACCCAAAAUGAUUGGCAUGGAAGUCCCAAAGGAGAAGAUGGAUGGAGCCUUGGAAGACCUGAACAACUCCCUGAACCUCAUUGAAGAAAAGUUUCUCCAGGACCGCCUAUUCAUUGGGGGGGAUCAGAUCUCUCUGGCUGACCUGGUGGCUAUAGUGGAGGUCAUGCAGCCAGUCGGUGCCGGUUUGGACGUUUUCAAUGGGAGACCCAAGCUGAGCGCCUGGCGGGACAGAGUACGGGUCUCCAUCGGCACGGAGCUGUUUGACGAGGCCAACCGGGACAUCCUGGGUGCUCAGGAGAUUAUGGGACAGAUAGAUCCCGGCACAUUGGAGCUUUUUAAGCCUAAAAUCCUCAGAUUUUACUAUUGAGACGGACAACAUUGAUGUAACCCAAAAGAAAACUAAGCAGCUGUUAGGCGUCAUAAUAAAACCUCAUCUUUCUGUUUAGGUUUAUAUUCUAAUGGUCCCAUUGACCAGGAGAUAAACUGAAAGAUUAUGUAAUUGAGGAAUGUGAAAUUUAAUGCUUCUCUAAGGCCUCUGGAAUGUUGGUUAUUGGCUAACCUUCAGUGCGACUUCUUUUUUUUUUUAUAACCAGACUAUAUUCUAAUGCUUUAUCCUAUGGUAUUUCUCUUAUUAAAUAAAAUGUACUCCAUGUAACACAUGGUCUU